AUGGAGAUUCCUGACUUUGAAGCGAUGAACUUAACGGCGGAUCCUCCGGUAGAAACGUACCCGGUGUGUGAGGCAUGGAGAGACGGAUCAGAGGGCUCCGUCUUCCACCUCGCUCAUAUCUUCCUCUUCCUCGGCUUCAUGGGCGGCAGCGGCUUUUACGGACUCCUCUACCUGUUCACCUUCCUCUCUCUGGGCUUCUUCUGCUCCUCUAUCUGGUCGUGGUCGGACCCGUGCAGCACAGACUCGUUCCUGUGGACUCUCGCGCUGUUCGGCGUGAGUUUGGGACAGGUGCUGCUCACCUCCUACCGGCUGAGGAGCAUCACCUUUGAGAAGGAUUUCACUGAGCUCUAUACCUGCAUGUUUAAGAAGCUCGGAGUGUCGCUCUCACAUUUUGGGAAGAUCGUGUCGUGCUGUGACGGAGACAUCCACACUUUAGAGAAGGACCACUGCUUCGCCAUCGAGGGGAAAACUCCUAUUGAUAAGCUGUCUGUGCUGCUGUCUGGCAGAAUCCGUGUGACAGUGAACGGGGAGUUCCUGCAUUUCAUUUACCCCUUCCAGUUUCUGGAUUCACCAGAGUGGGAUUCUCUGAGACCAUCAGAGGAGGGAGUGUUCCAGGUGACGCUGCGUGCUGAUAACCCCUGUAGAUACGUGGCGUGGAGGAGGAAGAAACUCUACCUGCUGUUUGCAAAGCACCGCUACAUAGCAAAGAUCUUUGCUCUGGUUGUGCGUAAUGACAUUGCAGAGAAACUUUACUCGCUCAAUGACAAAGCCUUCGACAGCUCAGGGCAUCGCUACGAUCUCCGCUUACCCAGUUACUGUCACAUGCCGGCGACAGAAUUAGAAAAGGCAGAUGUCUUACUGAAAGUGCCGGUACAGGCUGGAAGACAUGCCUGA